AUGAAUUCGUCGAGCAUGAGCUCUGUUGUGCCGACUAUUAAGUGUGAGGAUUCGCCAUCGCCGACGGCGCCCGUUGGCACUGAAGGCGAAGGGGGGGCUUUCAAAAUGAGCAUCAAUGUAAAUCUCAGUACCGCCAUGAUGAACCUCCUCGCAGCGGACAACGCAGGGCCAGCGCUACGCACGCCUGAGAUCGUCAACGAUGUUAUAACCAUGACCAAUCCCCUGGACCAGUACAAUUACAACGACAAAAAUUCCAAAUUUCAGGGCGGAAGCGGAAACGACUCCAACUCUUCGAUGUCCAACGGCUCAUCUGCAACCUCGCCGGCUUCGGGAACCCCGCCCAGCAUACAAAAGACGUGUUCGGAUCUAAUCAAGGCUGGUUUGAAGUUGUCUAUAGAGUCAAAGCGGAAGAUGUCAGGCAGCGACACCGACGGAGGAAUCAAGCGAUUCAAAAAGGAAGAGAGUGAUGAGGAUUACGAUAGCAGUCACACGCAAACAGUCAAAAAUGAAGGGCUGACCCCGGAAGACGAGGAGCGAAGGCGGCGUAGAAGAGAACGGAAUAAAAUUGCAGCAACAAAAUGUAGAAUGAAGAAACGCGAGCGAACAGUCAACUUAGUAACAGAGAGUGAAGUUUUAGAAAACCAAAAUAUAGACCUCAAAGCGCAGCUUAAGGAUUUAGAAGUUCAAAAGCGGCAACUUAUAGAUAUGCUGUCACUACAUGCAGCGUCAUGCGUGAAGAACAACAAUCCCAAUACGAGAACAUCUCCACCAGCACAGUACAACAUGAUCCGUACAUACGAACCGACAUCAUUCCCAGCAUCGUUCGACGCUCAAUCACCCUACAUCCGACCGGAGUCCGCCAACAUUCUCGCUUCCAGCUAUACCUGCGUCACUCCCCUAAACGGAGACUCCUCCAUAGACACAAUAUCCUCACUCGACACAACGUACAUAACCCAGCAAAUUAUAGACGUCGACUACAACAGGCCGGACAGUGUUCUAAGUCUGCCACCCAAUUCGGAUCCUCAUUACAUCACCACCGAUGGCUACAUGCCGAAAGCAACGAACCUGCUCGUUCCAAUCGAACACGAAGGGGAAUAUUAUGAGACCGAAGUGAACUACAAUUUAUCGUCCGCCCAACCGUGCCAUACUUAUCCCGGUACGAUCCCAGAUGCUCAAACGAAAAUCGGCAAUAGCCUCAAUGACGGUUGCCUCGUUUAG